GAGAAUAGAUCACAAGGGUCGCUCUCCCCCCUCCACAGAGAUCGUGUCUCUUGAAGAGAUCUAACGAGUGAGUCUAUAUCGAAGUACCCAAAUAUUAAUGUUAUUGGUCGAGGGUACAUCUUAGGAAACAUAAUGUUUUGAAAGAGAAUGGUUGUGUAUCUUUGUUGAUUACAUAAUUUAUUAGGUUUGCCUAGUGUUAUAAUUGAAGAUCUACACAUGUUGAAUUCUAAGUAUAGUUAUCAAAUAUAAAAAUGUUGAACCACAAAUAUACAAUAUAGGUAUGAGAAUAAGGUUGCAAAUCUCCCCGCAUAAAUAUAAAGUGGGUAUAAUUUUAAAUACUUAGGAAUGAAAAUAAAAAAUAUAGACAAUUUAGCGAAAUCCGCCACAUUUACCACCAACUAGCUACAAACAAAUACCAUAGCCAAAAAAUCAAAAGCUUAGUUUCCACUCAUUGAUAACUCCAAGUUAAUGGAGGGGAUUGCAAGGGAAACUAACCUUAAAAAACCUUCUUCUUUCAAAACUCACCAAACAAAUUACUAAUGACUUAUCAAAUUCUUUAUCCACAAGUUUACAUACUCAGUCAAACUCAAUUAAGUUAUCAUUUAUUUGCCGCCGACGCCGUCCGCCAGUUCUUUGCAUUAGCGAAACCAACUGGCACAAAGCGAGUGCCAACUUGGCACGUCGUAAACCCAAUUUGGCCACAAAAGUUGAGAAAAAGUAAAGAAAACUUGUUGACAACAGAAUCUAAACCAAAAAGAUAAUCCCAACAGCAAUUAGUUUAACACAAUUCAGUAGACCAAACCCUCGCGACCUCAGAAAUCGCCCCCUUUCCCCCAACUGCCGCCGCUGACCCGGCCCGGCCACCGCCUUCUCUUUCCCGCGUCACGCCAACACCUCUUCCUUCCCCCCUUUUCCUUCCUAAAGUGCAUGACUUCCCCAGCUGACCCAUUCCAUCUCACUCCGCCGUCUCCGCCAUGGCAGCAGCUCUUCCGCUCCUCCUCCUUUUGCUCUCCUUCCUUCUUCCUCCUUCCCUCGCUCAGACAGGUACUCUAAUUGAUUGCGGGGCCGUCGCACCGACGACGAUCAACGGACGGGAAUGGCUUCCCGACGACGGCUUUGUCACGGCUGGGACUGCCCGUACUCUCGCCCUCCCCGUCCUCUCGCCGCUCCUCUCCACCGUCAGAUCGUUUCCCCUGGCGGGGAAUCGCGGCCGCAAGUUCUGCUACGAGACGGCCGUCAAUCGGGGCAGCAAGUACAUGGUCCGGACCACCUACUUCUACGGAUGGGUCAACGGCAGGGACGCCCCGCCGCCGGUUUUCGACCAGAUUCUUGACGGGACCCAUUGGAGCGUUGUCAACACGACGGGGGAUUUCGCUGACGGGAGGUUGACUUUCUACGAGGGGGUUUUUGUUGCUCGAGGGAAGACCAUGAGCUUGUGUCUCGGAGCGAAUUCGGAUACCGACUCCGACCCGUUCAUUUCGGGCCUUGAAUUCAUUCCUUUAGGGGAUUCGCUCUACAACUCCACCGAUUUUGAGAAUUACGCCCUUGGAUUGGUCGCCAGGCACAGUUUUGGCCACAGCGAAAUCGUUCGAUAUCCAGACGACCCAUAUGAUCGGAUUUGGGAGCCAUAUGGAGGGAAGGAUUCCAACCCUUCCAGGAACAGGAACGUGUCCAUUUCGGGCAUAUGGAAUCUUCCACCAUCUAAGGUAUUCGAAACAGAUAUCUCUGCUGCAGCAGGACGUUCAAGGCAGGUAUUGGAGCUGCCAUGGCCACCAGCUCCCCUUCCAUUUCCCCACCAGAACUACUCCAUUGCUCUGUACUUUGCCGAUGACCGUGAUCCCUCACUUCAAGAUCCUAGGGUGCUUGAUGUGAUCAUAAAUGGGGUAACAUAUUUCAGGAGCUUGAGUGUGACACAAAUGGGUUCCCUUGUCUUUGCCAAAGUGUGGCCUCUCGGUGGUUCAACCAAUAUAACUUUGAUCCCUGCUGCUGGUUCGACCACUGGUCCAUUGAUUAAUGCAGGGGAGGUUUUCAGAUUGUUGCCCCUUGGUCGAAGAACUCAUACGGGAGACAUAAUAGCUUUGGAAGAAUUGAGAAGUGGUUUCAAGAACCCACCACAGGACUGGAGUGGGGAUCCUUGCAUGCCUCGUCAGUAUCCUUGGACUGGAAUUACUUGUUCAGAAGGCCGCAGGAUUCGUGUUGUUUCACUGAAUUUGACAAGUAUGGGCCUUGGUGGAUCGAUAUCCCAUAGGAUCACUAGGUUGACUGCACUAACAGACAUCUGGCUUGGUAACAACAGUUUAUCUGGGUCAAUACCUGAUCUGAGCUCAUUAAGACUGCUUGAAACGCUGCAUUUGGAAGACAAUAAUUUGACUGGAGUGAUCCCAUCUUCACUUGGCAAUAUCGAUGGUCUCCGUCAACUAUUUGUACAGAACAAUAAUCUCACUGGUGAGGUUCCGACAAGCAUCGUUGGGAAAUCUGGACUAGAGCUCAGGACGAAUCCUGGGAACCAUUUCACGUCGGGGCCAUGAGCAGAAACAGGAAGCCAAAGUGAUUUGAGGACAACAACUAUUAAGGCCUCUGGCCUCUCUACGGUACCAUGGAAGCUGGAUUUCCAGCUAUAUUGUCAAUAUGCAGUUUGUACCAGUACUAGUACUACUAGAUCGUUGUCGAUGGUCAUGAUUCACAGAUGUGUGAAAGAAAAUGCACAUGGUUCCAAAGGUUCUUGGGCGUACCUUUUGGCAGUGUCGGCCACCCUCUCAACUGUUUGUACACUUACCCUGGUUUUUGUCCAUACAUAUACACCGAGUCAGACUCCCAGUCAGUAAAACUCUGAUUCUUUUGUUCUAAUACUUUCAACCUCGUGUGAGUAAAAGACUGCUUAGACAUAACAACGGUCAUUCUUUGGUCUUUUGAACUUGGACUUUGCGAUUGAUUCGAAGUUUAUAAAAUCGUGAAGAAACUGUAAUAUUAUAGUUCUCUUAUUGGUUUGGUUUGACAUUGAACUCCUUGAGUGAGCUCCACGAGCUCCAACAAUCACUAACAGAAGUGAUAGGAAUAGGGAUGGUAAACAGGUUUACCAGUAAACAGUCAAACCGACAACCGAGCUGGUAACCGUGGUUAAUAAGAUGUCACCCGGUAUCGAUAGCCAUCAGUCACUUGGUAUGUUUCGGUUAAUCGUUAAUUGGUUAGUUAGUUACGGGUUAAACCGGUUAUCUGUCGAUUACCAGCUCUAAAUAGUAAUGAUUUUAGUCUUUGCGAUCCUCUGAGCUUCGUCUAUGAAUAGAAUCUGUGAAAUCUUCAAAUCUUCAAAAUGUUGAGAACAUUGAUGCGCUGCAUUAGGGAAAUGCAAUAUUCAAUAGCUCCAAAGAGGAGGAUUCCCACAUUUACAUGUGGCCUUCCUGAUUCUCAGGCAGAGCCGGGGCCAACUGUAAUUUUGCAUGUGCCCUUAUGACACCUCACUUUCCGCUUCUCUCCCCACUCCCAUCCACUGUUAUUUUGUACUCACUCCCUUCCUUUCUCCUCCUAGCAAGAAAAAAAGUAACGUUAC